UUUGAUCGCAGGCGACCUAGAGAAGAAUAUGACUCCUGUUCCAAAUCCUACAGAUGGACAUUCCAAUAGUUUUUAUUCGAUAUCCAUAGCGUCUUUGACAUUUGUUAUCAUCAUUUUCAUCAUCAUUUUCUUCAUCCUGUGGUAUACAUGCAGACAAAAGAAGGAAAUAAGAGACCAAGGGAGGAAUAUACUGAAAAGCCAGCAUGAGAUAAUAGAAGAACAGCAGAAGAUGUUAACUGAAAUUCGGACACAAACUGAAUGGAGAGAAAUUCGGAACAAUUCAGCUGACAUCACCCUUGAUGCAAACACGGCCCAUCCCAACCUCUCCAUUGCUGGGGAUAAGAAGAGUUUGAAACAUGAAGCCCAACCUCAACAAGUUCAACCAAACGAAGAGAGACAGGAGAAGGCCCCACGGGCUGACAUCACCCUUGAUGCAAACACGGCCCAUCCCAACCUCUCCAUUGCUGGGGAUAAGAAGAGUUUGAAACAUGAAGCCCAACCUCAACAAGUUCAACCAAACGAAGAGAGGUUCGAUUCGACUGUCUGUGUGCUUGGAUCUGAAGGAUUCUCCAAUGGAAAGCACUACUGGGAGGUGGAUGUUAGGAGCAGCACUGACUGGGACCUGGGGGAAGGCAUGAGGCAAAGAGAAGAAUUUCUUGUUUGUAAUUCCAAGGAAGCAGAGAAUUAG